CGCGCAGCCGGCCGGCGCGGGGGUCGGGGCAGGCCGGCCGUUGCCGUGGAGACGCCUGGAGACUGUGGACCAGCACAGCCCCUGCCAGUGAUGGGAAGUGGUGCUCAGUGGCAGCGCUGAAGCUCUCUGAGUAUGAUUCGAAUUGCAGCCUUAAAUGCCAGCUCUACAGUUGAGGAUGAUCAUGAAGGAAGCUUUAAAAGUCACAAAACGCAGACCAAGGAGGCCCAGGAAGCAGAGGCUUUUGCCUUGUAUCACAAAGCCCUGGAUCUCCAGAAACAUGACCGGUUUGAGGAGUCAGCCAAGGCCUACCAUGAGCUCCUGGAGGCGCGCCUGCUGCGAGAGGCAGUUUCGUCUGGUGAUGAGAAAGAAGGGUUGAAGCACCCUGGGCUGAUGCUGAAAUAUUCCACAUAUAAGAACUUGGCCCAGCUGGCAGCCCAGCGAGAGGACCUGGAGACCGCGAUGGAAUUCUACUUGGAGGCAGUCAUGCUGGACUCCACCGAUGUCAACCUCUGGUAUAAAAUUGGACAUGUGGCCCUGAGGCUUAUCCGGGUCCCCCUGGCUCGCCAUGCUUUUGAGGAAGGGCUGCGGUGCAAUCCUGACCACUGGCCCUGCUUGGACAACCUCAUCACUGUCCUGUACACCCUCAGCGAUUACACAACAUGUCUGUACUUCAUCUGCAAAGCUUUGGAGAAGGACUGCCGGUACAGCAAAGGACUGGUUCUCAAGGAAAAGAUCUUUGAAGAACAGCCUUGUCUCCGGAAGGACUCCCUCCGAAUGUUCCUUAAAUGUGACAUGUCAAUCCAUGAUGUGUCGGUGAGCGCAGCUGAGACGCAGGCCAUUGUAGAGGAGGCCCUGGGGCUGCGGAAGAAGCGACAAGCACUGACCAUGCGGGAGAAGGAGCCAGACCUGAAACUGGUGCAGCCCAUCCCCUUCUUCACCUGGAAGUGCCUGGGAGAGAGUUUGCUGGCCAUGUACAACCACCUCACCACCUGUGAGCCCUUGCGGCCCAGCCUUGGCAAGAGGAUUGACCUGUCCGACUACCGGGACCCCAGCCAGCCUCUGGUGUCUUCUGUGGUGGUGGCCCCUGUCAGCGUGAUCCAGCCAAGCCCCGUCCCCGCCAACCCGGCCGUGGCUGUGGCAGAAUCUGUGCUCUCCUAUGCCCCCGUGGCUGCGGCCAGCUUCCCGCUGCACAGUCCCAGCCUGCUGGAGACCGGCGUCCCUGCAGGUGAGGAGCCCUCCUGGGAAUGUCUGGGCCUUUUCCAGAUUGAUAAGAACCUGAAGUCACUGGAGCGGUGCCAGUCCCUGGAGGAGAUUCAGCGGCUAUACGAGGCUGGGGACUAUAGGGCUGUCGUGCAUCUGCUUCGCCCCACCUUGUGUACCAGUGGAUUUGACCGGGCUAAACACCUGGAGUUUAUGACUUCUAUUCCGGAGAGGCCGGCCCAGCUGCUCCUGCUGCAGGACUCCUUGCUCCGGCUAAAGGACCACCGACAGUGUUUCGAGUGCUCCGAUGUGGCUUUGCACGAGGCCGUCCAGCAGAUGGUGAAUGCGAGUGAGUCUGCAGCCAAGGAGGAGUGGGUGGCCACGGUGACCCAGCUGCUGCUGGGCAUUGAGCAGGCGCUCUCGGCUGACAGCAGUGGCAGCAUCCUGAAGGAAUUGUCUUCCUCCACUGGCCUCACCCGGCUCACCAACAACCUCAUCCAGGUCAUUGACUGUAGCAUGGCCGUGCAAGAGGAGCCCAAGGAGCCCCAUGUCUCCUCAGUGCUGCCCUGGAUCAUCCUGCACCGGAUCAUCUGGCAGGAAGAGGACACCUUCCACUCCCUCUGCCACCAGCAACAGCUCCAGAACCCGACAGAUGAAGUGAUGGCCGAGACGCCCAUGCUCCCAUCCUCCCUCAUGCUGCUCAACACAGCCCACGAAUAUUUGGGCAGGAGGUCCUGGUGCUGCAAUUCCGAUGGGGCUCUGCUGCGAUUCUACGUACGAGUUCUCCAGAAGGAGCUCGCUGCGUCCGCCUCGGAAGACACACACCCCUACAAGGAGGAGCUGGAGACGGCCUUGGAGCAGUGCUUCUACUGCCUGUACAGCUUCCCCAGCAAGAAGAGCAAGGCCAGGUACCUGGAGGAGCACUCGGCCCAGCAGGUGGACCUUAUAUGGGAGGAUGCCCUGUUUAUGUUUGAGUAUUUUAAGCCCAAGACCCUUCCUGAAUUUGACAGCUACAAGACCAGCACUGUGUCUGCUGACUUGGCCAACCUUCUGAAGAGAAUCGCCACCAUUGUACCCCGCACAGAAAGGCCAGCGCUGAGCCUAGACAAAGUCUCCGCCUACAUUGAGGGUGCCUCAACUGAGGUGCCCUUCCUUCCAGAAGGGGCCGACCCCUCCCCUCCGGUGGUGAAUGAGCUCUACUACCUCCUGGCUGAUUACCAUUUCAAAAACAAGGAGCAGUCCAAGGCCAUCAAGUUCUACAUGCAUGACAUCUGUAUCUGCCCCAACAGGUUUGAUUCCUGGGCAGGCAUGGCUCUGGCCCGGGCCAGUCGCAUUCAGGACAAGCUGAACUCCAAUGAGCUGAAGAGUGAUGGGCCCAUCUGGAAGCAUGCCACGCCUGUCCUGAACUGCUUCCGGCGGGCCCUGGAAAUUGACAGCUCCAACCUGUCCCUGUGGAUCGAGUAUGGUACCAUGUCCUAUGCCUUGCACUCCUUCGCCUCACGCCAGCUGAAGCAGUGGAGAGCUGAGCUGCCCCCUGAGCUCGUGCAGCAGAUGGAGGGCCGGCGCGACAGCAUGCUGGAGACAGCCAGGCACUGUUUCACGUCCGCGGCCCGCUGCGAGGGCGACGGUGACGAGGAGGAGUGGCUCAUCCACUACAUGCUGGGCAAGGUUGCUGAGAAGCAGCAGCAGCCACCCACUGUGUACCUGCUGCACUACCGACAGGCCGGCCACUACCUGCACGAGGAGGCCGCGCGCUACCCCAAGAAGAUCCACUACCACAACCCGCCUGAGCUAGCCAUGGAGGCCCUGGAGGUGUACUUCCGGCUCCAUGCUUCCAUCUUAAAGCUCCUGGGGAAGUCCGACUCUGGGGUCAGUGCAGAGGUCCUGGUCAACUUCAUGAAGGAGGCUGCAGAAGGACCCUUUGCCAGGGGCGAGGAGAAGAAUACGCCCAAAGCUUCAGAGAAAGAGAAGGCCUGCCUGGUGGACGAGGACUCCCACUCUUCAGCUGGGACACUGCCGGGCCCCGGAGCCUCCCUCCCCUCCUCCUCUGGCCCAGGUCUGACAUCCCCACCUUACACAGCUACUCCGAUUGACCACGAUUACGUCAAAUGUAAAAAACCCCACCAGCAGGCGACGCCGGACGAGCGCAGCCAGGACAGCACGGCCGUGGCACUCUCAGACUCCAGCUCAACGCAGGACUUCUUUAAUGAGCCUGCCAGCUCAUUGGAGGGCUCCCGGAAGCUCUACAUGGAGAAGAAGCUGCCCGUUCCCAGUUCCCAAGCAGGACCGACUGGUAAAGACCUUCAGGGGGCCACAGAGGAAAGAGGGAAAACUGAGGAGUCCUUGGAGAGCACAGAAGGCUUCCGGGCCACAGAGCAAGGCAGCCAGAAGCCUGCCGCAGACCCCCCAGCCUCUGCCUGCAUUGCUGUCAAACCGGCAGCAUCUGCACCUGCCCUGUGGGACGGGAGGAAGAGAGCUGACCCCCUGGGGGAGCCAGCAGCCUUUCCCCAGGGGUUGCCGGCCGGGGCAGAGGAGCAGCGCCAGUUCCUUACGGAGCAGUGCAUCGCCUCCUUCCGCUUGUGCCUCAGCCGCUUCCCCCAGCACUAUAAGAGCCUCUACCGACUGGCCUUCCUCUACACCUACAGCAAGACUCACCGGAACCUCCAGUGGGCCCGCGACGUGUUGCUAGGCAGCAGUAUCCCGUGGCAACAACUGCAGCACAUGCCGGCACAGGGGCUCUUCUGCGAGAGGAACAAGACCAAUUUCUUCAACGGCAUCUGGCGGAUCCCCGUGGACGAGAUCGACCGGCCAGGCAGCUUCGCCUGGCACAUGAACCGUUCCAUUGUGCUGCUGCUGAAGGUGCUGGCCCAGCUCCGGGACCACAGCACCCUGCUGAAGGUGUCCUCCAUGCUGCAGCGGACCCCGGACCAGGGCAAGAAGUAUCUGCGAGAUGCUGACCGCCAGGUCCUGGCACAGCGGGCCUUCAUCCUCACUGUGAAGGUGCUGGAGGACACCCUGAGCGAGCUUGCAGAGGGGUCAGAACGUCCAGGGCCCAAGGCCUGUGGCCUCUCUGGAGCCAGGAUGACCACCGACGUCCCCCACAAGGCCAGCCCCGAGGAUAGUCAAGAGGGCCUCCCCCACCCCAAGAAGCCCCCUCUGGCUGAUGGCUCAGGGCCAGGGGCUGAGCCAGGGGGCAAAGUGGGCCCUCUCAACCACCGGCCUGUGGCCAUGGAGGCAGGAGACAGCACAGACCAGGCCGGGGAGCGGAAGGACAAGGAGAGUCCCCGGGCAGGGUCUGCCGAGCCCAUGGACACGGGUGAGGCCACUGCUCGCUGCUCAGACUCCGAACGGGCACCGCCCCCACAGCCAGGCCGCCCCCCAAGGGACAGGGGCCCUGAGAACCGUCCCACUGAGCUGUCCCUGGAGGAGCUGAGCAUCAGUGCCCGGCAGCAACCCAACCCGCUCCCACUGGCCCAGCCAGCCCCGGCCGCCGCCCCUACCACCACCAGUGGGGCCAGAGGGGGCAGCCACCCCGAGGAGCCACCCACAUGCCCCAGCCGGAAGAGGAAGCUCCUGGAGGACACAGAGUCGGGCAAGACACUGCUGCUGGACGCCUACCGGGUGUGGCAGCAGGGCCAGAAGGGUGUGGCCUACGACCUGGGCCGCAUCGAGAGGAUCAUGUCCGAGACCUACAUGCUCAUCAAGCAGGUGGACGAGGAGGCUGCGCUGGAGCAGGCCGUGAAGUUCUGUCAGGUCCACCUUGGAGCUGCCACCCAGAGACAGGCCGCAGGGGACACACCUACCACCCCAAAGCACCCCAAGGACAGCCGAGAGAACUUCUUUCCCGGGGCUGUGGCCCCCACAGCUCCUGACCCUGUGCCGGCUGACACUCUCCAGCGGCCCAGUGACACUCACACCAAGCCUCGCCCUGCACCGGCCGCCUCCACGGCGAUCAUCCCCUGCCCUCUCUCAGUGUCGGCCUCCACUCCAGACCCGUCCAAGGACUCUGGACCCCCCCGGCCACAUAGGCCAGAGGCCACCCCCAGCAUGGUCUCUCCGGGCCCAGAGGGAGAAGAGCUGUCAGGAGGGGCAGAGGGCCUGGGCUUCCCACCCCAGGAGCCACUGUGCAGUGAGCAGGUGAAGACCAUUCCUGAGAGCCCUUCGGCAGAGCCGCACUGCUGGCCCACAGAGCCCGUGCCCCGGACAGGCGCCGAGCCCACCUGCAGCCAGGUCACCAGCUCCAAGGUGCCCAGCGGUGUGAGUGCCCAGCCACCUGAGGGCCCGCCCAGCAAGGCAGAGCCCGGCCGGGCCAAGUCACGCCUCCUGCCCAGCAUGCCAAAGCUGGUCAUCCCCUCGGCCGCCACCAAGUUCCCCCCUGAGAUCACCGUCACGCCGCCCACCCCAACCCUGCUCUCACCCAAAGGCAGCAUCUCGGAGGAGACCAAGCAGAAGCUGAAGUCGGCCAUCCUGUCUGCCCAGUCGGCUGCCAACGUGCGGAAGGAGAGCCUGUGCCAGCCGGCCCUGGAGGUCCUGGAGACGUCGAGCCAGGAGUCCUCGCUGGAGAGCGAGACCGAUGAGGAUGACGACUACAUGGACAUCUGAGGGCUGGGGCCGCCCCACCUUGGCCUGAGCCCCUCGGGGCGUGCCAGGCCCAGGCGGAGCGCUGUUUCCCCAUGCACACCCCAGUCUGUUCAGCCUCCAUCCCUCGCGGUGUCCUCCCCACCCGCCUGGGCCGUCGUCUGUCCCUACCGCAUGGGGGCCCAGAGGAGACCGAGCUUGGCCACGUGAAGAUGGCCACAGCUCACACAGCAGGGCUGGCAUCCUUUUCUAUGAAAUGUUGACUUUGUAUAACCGUGCCCGUGCCCAGCCCAGGUGGCCGUGUCCACACCUCGACGCCCGGAUGAGCCGGCUUCUGCCUGUGUCACAGUGGAGGGGUCAUUUAGGGUUGGGCUCGCCCCACUCCCUUUUUUUGGUUUCUUUUCUAAUAAAGAUGGAACAGUU